CCUGAACAUGCCAAACUACCUCGAGUCAACCUCGGAUAUCCUCUUUUCGGACAUCAAAUCCUCGAGCUACAGCCCACGCACCUGGCCAGCUGGACUGAUGACUACCAGCAUGACCGCACUUCCUGACCAAGAAACUGGCCAGAUAAAGAUGCUGCAUGUCCACAUCGUCAGAUUUCUGGAGUCAUCUGGCGUGGCCAUAUUCAUCAGUGGCAGUCAUGGUGUCACCGACGCCACCGGGUUCUACAGUUUCAUAAAUCAUUGGGCCAGCGAAACGAGGGCUUUGCUGACCGGAGUGCCUGCACCUGAGAUAUCUGUAUGCUUUGAUCGUGAAGUUCUUGUCGGUGGCUCUGCUGAUGCGCGGGCUGAAGUCGAUAAUCUCCUCCGGGUUAUUACUAUGACUCCUUCGCCAGAAGCAAUAUCCAUGGCAUCACUCUCUCCCGUAGAGCGUAACAAGACAAUUCACGCCAGUACGCCAACUGUUGACCGCCAAGGGUGCUUCUAUCGGAUCGGCCACGACAGGCUUGAAUACCUGCGGGAUCGCAUGCAGAAGUGCACAGUGGAUGGUACCCGAGUUUCAAUUAACGAUGUCCUGAGCGCAUUGAUCGCCAAGACAGUGUCCCAGGCGCAAUUUGCCAAUAUGGCUGAGCCUCUUAGCUCACUAACCAAGCCUAGCGACAGAGCUCAUCUACAUUAUGUUGCCAUUGCAUGCGAUUGCCGCCACCGCCUCGGCAUAUCUGACAUGAACUUUAUUGGAAAUGUCCAGUAUAUACCUAUGACGACAAAUCCAAUCAAGAUGAUCAUCCAGGCAACAACGUUCGAAACACUGGUCAAGGUUGCAGUUAGUAUCAGACAUGCCGUCGACCGCGUACAGGCCCCGCAGAUAAGAGCCUAUUUCGAUAUGACCAAACAGCAUCCAGGCCUAUUCAUGUGUCCAGCUAUCAUGGUGCCUAAGUACGGGCUACGUACAACUAUUUCGAACCAGUCUCGAUUUGGGCUCUACGAUAUAGAUUUUGGACACGGAGCUGCAGAUUUUGUUACUAGUCGCCCCACUCGAUUCACUGACAUAGUCAGCAUCCUGCCUGCUCGCCCUCCAAGCAGAGACGUGUAUGUCUCAAUUACUGAUACGCCAGCAGUGCUUGAGAGCAUCCGCAGUAACAAGUUUUGGAGACGCUUUGCCGAUUUCGUCUACUAAGAAAACAAAUAAAUGGCAUUCUAGAAUUACUCUGCUCGCGAUGCGAGCUCGGCUGCUAGUCAGCAUGGGUUGACACGUCGAUAAGAGCAUCA